CCUUAAACUGGUGGGUUUUCAAAUAGUCAGGUCUUGGAAACGUAUGCUUCCAAGACCUGUGUGGAUAAGCCAGACCGCUUAGGAAGCCUGAAGGUAGUGUACACUAAUAUACGUAGUAUCGGGAACAAAUUUCACGAGCUAGGUGUAUUAGUAGAAGACCUUAGCCCAGGUAUUGUGGCCAUUACUGAAACAUGGCUGGUUUCGGGAUUAGAUGACACACCUGAGCUAUGCGGAUUUAGUUGCUUGCGCAGCGACAGAGUUAAGGGUCGUAGAGGUGGCGGGGUUGCUCUGUACGUCAACAACUCCCUACAUGUUCGUUCCGUGAAAUCUGAAGCUCAUGACAGUGGGACAGGUGAGGUAAUUAGCUGUGAAGUAAGCUUUGCAACCGGCACUCUACUCAUUGGAGUUCUGUAUAGAAGUCCCUAUUGUCAGUGUGAUGACUUCAUUUUAGAUCACCUCAAACAAUGGAGUAAACACAGUAGCUGUCUUAUUCUAGGUGAUUUUAAUGCACCUCAUAUAGACUGGGUAGCUGUCACAUCUCCAGGAUCCGCUGAUAAGUUUGACAGCCGGUUACUCUUGACAACCAUGGAAAAUGCCCUGACACAACAUGUCUUAGGUAGUAAAAGAUUCGGUUCUACCCAAGGAUCUUCCUUGCUGGACUUAGUGCUUACUCAUGACAACGACGACGUGGAUGGUCUAGUUAUUCAUCCACCUCUAGCAAACAGUGAUCAUGGGGUGUUAGAUUUUAACUUAAGGGCUGGCAAUUUAGUCAGUUUUCAACCCAAAUCCCGGCCUAGUGUUUGGCAUGCUGACAUAGUGGCUAUAAAGGAGCGUGCUUCAACUGCCGACUGGUCAGUCAACAUUGUCUCAUCCAUUGAAAAUGAAUGGGAUAGAUUUAAGAAUAUACUUGAGAGGGUUACCACUGAUCUCAUCCCCUGGAGGGUUCCUAAAAGGCCAACAAAUCGGCCACCAUGGAUAAAUAGACAAGCUAUAACACUCCUGAGACGGAGAAAAAGGUUCUAGAAUCUCUUUGUUUCUACUGGGCUACAGCAGUUCCGGCUGAAAUACUGUGAAACCAGAAACCAGUGUAAAACUUUGAUCCACCAGUCAAGGAUAGCUUACGAAACCCAGUUAGUUAAAAGUUCACCAGGCUGCCCAAAAAGACUCUUCUCAUAUAUCAAGAGAAGAACACGUAAGAGUGAUGCUAUCCCACCCCUUAUGCUUGAAGUUGACCAGACAAACAUGGCUGAGGAUAACUUGACUAAGGCUGAGGCUUUGUCCAAGCACUUUAGUCAAGUAUUCUCUGAUAAUAUUGAUACCAGCUUUGUAAAUUUUCCAAAAGGUAACUUGAAAAUGGCACCCUUAUACAUUGGAAAGGAUACUGUCCUAAAGUGGCUUCUAAGGCUCAAUCCUGGUAAGUCCAGUGGCCCUGAUGAACUCCACCCACGUAUAUUAACAGCGUUGUCUGAAAGCAUAGCCGAGCCAUUGUCGGUAAUCUUCAAUAUGUCUCUGGACCAGUCUAAAUGUCCAAGAGACUGGAAAGAUGCCAUCAUUAGUCCGGUCUUCAAAACCGGAUCUAGAAACUUAGUUCAGAACUAUCGUCCUGUUAGUUUGACCAGUAUUGUUGUUAAACUACUAGAAAGAAUAAUUCGUGAUGCUAUCAUUCAGUUCAUUGAAGGGAACAAACUUUUCGCUGUGGAACAGCACGGUUUUAGAGCAGGUCAUUCUUGCUUGACCAACCUUCUUUUGG